CAAAAGGGAAACAAAAACAACAGCGAUCCACUCAUAAAAACAAGAACUGCCCUCUAGUUCGAAUAGAUUGCUCGGCGAGAGUUCCUCGUUCAAAAUUCAAGACACCACCCAUACCGUUUCCCCAACAAGUCAUACAGCAGAGCACCCCGAUGACAGACAACGUAGCAGAGCUUGCGGAAGCAACCAAAAAGAUGUCGCCAGACAGGUCAGGGUCAGCAAGUGAGAACGGAGAUGAAACAACAUCCACAAAGGACACGACGGAUACCGAUAGCGAUUAUGUAGUGGAAACAGCAACCUCGUCCGAUGAAACUAAGAGUGGCGACAACGACGAUGGUGACGAUGUCAAAAGUGAAGCCGAAGACGACACGAGGACGCAAGAAGAAAAAGACGAGGAAGCCAAGGAAAAGGAAGAGAAAGAGAAACAAMGAAUCAAGGAGUUAGAAAUAAAAUACAAAGAUUGGCCACUUCACGAUAUCAAGGAACCGCACGAUCACGACGUCAUGUACGGAAGGGGGGGAGGAACCAAUCACCACCCCGGAAACAAACGGUAUCGAAAGAUGGUCGAGGAUCGCAAGGUCAAAUACGUAAAUAGCAAACGUCUCGACAAGCCUCUUGUGGCAUUAGAAAUAAUMAAAGAGUGGAGGGCGCAAUGGCCCCCCGGACGGUUUCUGAAGCAGGACGAGGCAACGGGGCUUUGGAACGACGUGGGCGAAAAGAAGGCGAGGGAAAAAACGAGCCAGGCGUUGAGAGAAAAGGCACCCCAGAUCCGAAAACAGCAAGAAGAAGAGAAAAACGAGGUACGCAGAAACAGAAUAUGAUUUAUUUGUUUGAAGAUUCUGCCCAUGUGCAAUGAAUAAUACAUUCAUCGCUGU